AAACACAAUUAAUAAUAUAGCCUCGUAAUAAACUUGUGAUAUACUGUCUCUGAUGUGGAGGAGAUAUCAAGAAGAAUAUUCAGUAUCAUUUUGGAUUCAGUAUCUUGGAUCCAUCUAUAUAUAAACAUGUAUAAGUUAACACACUUUUUGAUCCAUGCGCAUUUCCAAAGCUCUCUACUGACUACAGUUGCAACAAACUCUGCACUGAUUUUGGAAGAUUCCUUUACUGAAUAUAUUCCUGCAGUGGUGAAUUAAGUGAAGCUGUAGGUUUCUUCUGCACAGCAGCUUGAAUCGAUGGCUGUGUCUACCUUCAAUUCUUGUUUCUGCUCUCUUCCUACCCAUCUUAAUGAACAGGGUGUGUUGCAUGGAGUUUCUGGCAAGGGGUUCGGAUCUACCAAGAAGUUGUUUCCAUCUGAGUUUCCUAAGAGUUUCCAAUUGCGUUGCACUAAUAAUAAAAGAGAUCAUAUGGAUGUUAGAACAUCAGCUUUGGCUGAGAGUAUCUCUGAAUGUUUUGAUGAUGUGGAAGUGAAUGUUAUGGAACCAAGUGUUUCAACAACUAUAAUGAAUUUCGAGAACAAAUUAGAUCCUUUUGGUGCUUCUAGUACUCCUAUUUAUCAAACAGCUACAUUUAAACAGCCUUGUGGAACAGAAUAUGGUCCUUAUGACUAUAGUAGAAGUGCAAAUCCUACACGGGACAUGUUGGAAAGGCUCCUGGCCAAGCUUGAUAAGGCGGAUCGUGCAUUUUGCUUUUCUACUGGAAUGGCAGCUUUGGCUGCUGUGACCCAUCUUGUUGGAAGUGACCAAGAAGUUGUUUCUGGAAAUGACAUGUAUGGUGGUUCGGAUCGAUUGCUUUCACAAGUACUUCCAGGGAGAGGUGUAGUAGUAAAGCGUGUGGAUAUGACGGAUCUAAGUGCAGUUGCAGCUGCGGUCGGUCCCUGGACAAAGCUAGUGUGGUUGGAGAGUCCAACUAACCCCCGGCUUCAAAUUUCUGAUAUAAGGAAAAUAGCGGAGAUUGCUCAUGCAAAUGGUGCCAUUGUGUUGGUGGAUAACAGUAUAAUGUCCUCAGUGUUGUCUCAGCCAUUAGAACUUGGAGCAGAUAUUGUGAUGCACUCAGCUACCAAGUUUAUAUCUGGGCAUGCUGAUGUCAUGGCAGGAGUCCUUGCUGUGAAAGGAGAAAGUUUGGCAAAAGAAAUAGCUUUCCUGCAAAAUGCUGAAGGGGCAGUUUUAGCUCCAUUUGACUGCUGGAUUUGCUUACGAGGAAUUAAAACCAUGGCUUUACGCGUUGAAAAGCAGCAGGAGAAUGCUCAAAAAAUUGCUGAAUAUCUUGCUUCUAAUCCUCUGGUGAAGAAAGUUAACUAUGCUGGUCUUCCCGACCAUCCUGGACGUGCUCUACACUGUUCUCAGGCAAAGGGAGCGGGUUCUGUGCUUAGCUUUGUGACGGGUUCAGUAGCACUCUCAAAACACAUCGUGGAAACUACCAAGUACUUCAACAUAACAGUCAGUUUCGGGAGUGUGAAGUCGCUCAUUAGCUUGCCUUGCUUCAUGUCACAUUCAGUCAUACCAGCUGCAGAUCGCGAGGCCAGGGGUUUGACUGAAGAUCUUAUUCGCAUAUCUGUGGGCAUCGAGGAUGUAAAUGAUUUGAUUGAUGACUUGGAUUAUGCGAUUAGAACUGGACCUAUAUAGGAACUGCAGAUUUUAUUUUGAUGUCUUACUUUUCGACCUAUGAUUGAAUAAAAUUUUCUUUUUUGUUCUA